CAGCCUAAGGCUGCGACAGACCUGGCCCAGCCCUCUGGGAACCCAGGAUGGGGACCUUGGCUGGGGCCCUGUCCUCCCUCCUGCUGGGAAUGAUGCUCACAUACACCCCCGGGGCCCUGGGUGCCAACCCUGGCCUGGUCGCCAGGAUCACCGACAAGGGCUUGGAGUAUGUGGCCCAAGAGGAGCUGGUGGCUCUGCAGAGUAAACUGCAUGAUAUCACACUGCCCGACUUCAGUGGGGACGUCAAGAUCAAAUACAUCGGCAAUGCGCACUAUGAAUUCCACAGCCUGGACAUCCACAGCUGUGAGCUGCUCGGCUCUGCUCUGAAGCCCCUCCCCAGCCAUGGCCUGCAUUUCUCCAUCUCCGACUCCUUCAUCAGAGUCAAGGGCAAGUGGAAGGUGCGCAAGCGGAUACUGAAACUAGACGGCUCCUUUGACGUGAAGGUCAAGGGCAUCACCAUUUCAGUCAAUCUCCUCUUGGGCAGCGAGCCCUCUGGGAGACCCAAGGUCGCUGUUUCUAGCUGCAGCAGUGCCAUCCAUGAUGUGGAGGUGCACAUGUCGGGAGAUUUGGGGUGGUUGCUGAAUCUCUUCCACCAUCAGAUCGAGUCCAAGUUCCGAAGAGUAUUGGAGAGCAAGAUUUGCAAAAUAAUCCAGGACUCGGUGACCUCUGACCUACAGCCUUAUCUCCAAACUCUGCCAGUCACCAUGGAGAUGGACAUUUUCGCUGGGAUUGAUUACAGCUUAAUGGAGGCCCCUCAGGCAACAGCGGAAAUACUGGACGUGAUGUUUAAGGGGGAAAUUUUUAGCCGCGAUCACCGCUCCCCAGUUGCCUUCCUUGCUCCUGUCAUGAGCCUUCCUGAGGAACACAGCCGAAUGGUCUACUUUGCCAUCUCUAAUUAUGCCUUCAACACCGCCAGCCUAGUUUAUCACAAAGUGGGAUACCUGAAUUUUUCCAUCACAGAUGACAUGGUUCCGCCUACUUCUAACAUCCGACUGACCACCAAGUCCUUCCGCGCCUUCUUCCCCCGGUUAGGCAGACUGUACCCCAACAUGAACUUAGAGCUCCAAGGCACAGUGGUCUCUGCCCCGUUCCUGAACUUCAGCCCUGGGAAUCUGUCCUCAGCUGCCCAGUUGGAGAUUGAGGCCUUUGUGCUCCUGCCCAACUCCGUCAAGGAGCCUGUCUUCCGGCUUGGUGUGGCCACUAAUGUGUCUGUCAUGUUGACCUUCAACACCAGCAAGAUCACUGGAUUCCUGAAGCCAGCAAAGAUGCAAGUGGAACUGAAAGAAUCUAAAGUUGGAGUAUUCAAUGUGGAGCUGUUGGAGGCGCUGCUUAAUUACUACCUUCUCAACACCCUCUACCCCAAGGUCAAUGAGAAGUUGACAGAAGGCUUCCCCCUCCCUCUGCUAAAGCGUAUUCAGCUCUAUGACCCUGUUCUCCAGAUCCACAAGAUGCACCACAUCCACAGAGGACAUGCCCAUCUAGAGUCUGAACCUUCCUUCUAGACCAGCCUUCCUAUUCCUGGGACCCCAGCAUUCCUUCCAGAGUCUGUGGGGACCUUGCCUCAGGUAUGUCUUCCUGAGGAUGGAGUGUACCACUGCUGUGACCACUGCUAGGACCUGUUUGAGGGGUGUGUGGAGAAACCUGGAUGUGCAGGUUGCAGUCUCCAUCUAUGUAUGCAUGAGGCCCUGGUGGUGUAGACGGAGCCGGGCAAGGGAAGAGAAGGGAGGCCCUACACCACAUUCUGGGAAGAAACUUUGGAGAGUCCAGGAAUUCUAAAUCCAAACGUGGUUUCUCAGGUCAAUAUGAAGGUAUAUUUGUCCAGGUAGGAGGAUAGAAUGUUUCUAUUUAACAGUUUGUUAGCUGGACUUACAAAAAAUAUGUAGAUAUAUGGUAUGUUGGCCUUGGUUUGACUCUUGUCCUGGGCCCCGCAAAUGUCAUGGGGUUAAUCAUAUUACUUCUGGGAGAGACGUGGAACUUGAGGGGGGAAAAGGGAGAGAGGGUGUUAUGGGCUGAACUGUGUCCUGCAAAAUUCAUAUACUAAAGCCCGAAAUCCCACCCCACCUCUGUACCUAAGAAUGUGACUCUAUUUGGAGAUGGAGCCUUUUAAUGUGGUGAUGAACUUAAAAUUAGGCUGGGCCCUAAUCAAACUGACUGGUAUCCUUAUAAGAAGAGGAAACUUGGACACACAAAGAGACACCAGAGGCUCAUGUACAGAGGGGCGAACGUGUAAACAGGGAAACUGUCUGCACCCCAAGGAGAGAGGCCUCAGAGGAAACCAACUGUGUGGGCACCUUGAUUUUGGACUUCCA